UUUUUUUUUUCCUUUGGUCACUUCCCAUUCAACUUCUUCACCUAAAGCGCACAUACUCGCAGAGACGCUUCUGACUCCAUCCUUUCAUCCCUCACUCUCUCCUUCCCCCUACCUGCCUUACUGGUAUUCCUGUUUAUUCUUUCAUCAACUCUAAAAUCCCUUCCUUCUUUUUGUAACAACAUAUUUCCUCACCCUCAUUUCUCAUUUUCCUUACCCAAUUGCUCCACUUUUUUCCUUUCAAAGAGAUUCUUUUUGCAUUUUAUUUCUCCUAUCCACUCUCAUUUCCUCUGUAAAUAAUAUUGUUUAUUAUCGACAAUGUACAGGACAAGUAGUGCCAGGAUCCGGUUGAUGUCAACCAUUGCCUGUUUGUUCUGUGUCUUCUUGUUGGCCGUGAUCAUCAUGGGCGUGGUGGCAAUGAACGGCGAUGUCGAAUACGAGAGCACUGUCGUAGGCACAGGCAAAAACAACUCUACAACAACAAUCACUAAAGGAUGUCUCCUCUACAUGACUGUUGAUAACAAGAUUCCAUUCUACACAAGCUCAUACUGUCAAUUUCCAGUUGUGGGUGCAGGUGUUGUCAGCGUUUUUGCAGUCCUUUUUCUCGGUUACUGGGCAGCGGUUGUGCAUCGCUACGAUGACUUUUUGCCCAUCGUUACUUCUCGAACAUUUAUGGGCAUCGGAGCUAUCAUGGCCAUGGUCGCUUUUGCGAUCUGUGGUGAAAUUGGUAUUGGUCUCACCAUUGCUUGCAAAACCACUUCCUCAGGCCAAAGUUUAAGCCAAUGUCUUGCCAUUAGUAAUUUCCAAGCACUUUACACUGCUCAAGUCUGCGCAGGAUUGAUGGGUGGCUUCUGGAUUGCUACACUAGUUCUGGAAUACAUUCAACUGAAGAGGCGGCCUGAUUUUGAGACUGAAUCUUACAAUGAUCAGCACUAUCAUGAUCAACAAGCUCCGGACUAUGCACCCAACAUGUCACAUGCCCACGCAUAACCGAAAAAAAAAAAAGCUUUUUUAAUGAUUCCCCCAAUCCACGCCUGACUUCGCUCAUGAAGUUCGUCCUCUAUUCCCAAUGUUCAUAUUAUAACACAUCUAAUCAAGCAUUUAUACAUAUUUGCCAAC